GCCGCCGCCAAGAUGGCGCCCAGAACCCGGAAGUGAGCGGCGGCCGCCGAGAGGCUCCGGGAAACUGAGGCGCCGCGGGCUCCACGACCGGGUCUGAGGACAUGACGUCGCCCCUGCUGCUGUCAUCACCAGAGUGAGAAGCCCACAUAGCCGCCACCCACGGGUCGCGGAGCCCCACUGCUACCCGCCUGAUGCUGGCAGUGGAGCCCACCAUGGAUGGGGACUUCCCUCCUCCGCCCGAGCUCCCGCCCCCUGGAGGUGGCAUCCAGCUACAGAAUCGACUCCUGCACUGUCCCUGGUGGAGCAGUUUCUCACCGGCCUCAUAUCCCACCUUCUCCAGUGAAAACCAACAGUUUGUGGGUCCCACCCCAUUCCUUGGUGGCCAGUCCUGCCCCGACACCAGAUACCACACCACAGCCACUGUCUCCAGCAUCUUCUCCAAGAGCGGUGACUUCCCUCAGGACCCCUCAUGCCUCGAGGACCUCUCCAACGCCUCCAUCCUCUCGUCCUCUGUGGAUUCCCUGUCAGACAUCCCCGACACGCCUGACUUCGGCCAUGUCGACAGCCUCAACGAGGUGUCCACCAUCUGGGACGUCAGCACCACCUCAGCCCCCCAUGACAGGGUCAGCAAGGCCAUGCUGUUCCAGCCUUGUGCGCCACUCUCAGCUCUAGAAGACCCAGUUCCCAGCACCCCACUUCUCAUCAGCUACCAGUCACACAGCCAGCCUGAGGAGGAGGAGGCAGAGGAGGAGGAGGCGGCAGAGGAACUGGGCCAUGCUGAGACCUAUGCUGACUACGUACCAUCUAAGUCCAAGAUUGGGAAACAGCAUCCAGACCGUGUGGUGGAGACCAGUACACUCUCCAGUGUUCCUCCCCCAGACAUCACCUACACCCUGGCACUACCCACCUCAGACAACGGGACCCUGUCUGCCCUACAGCUGGAAGCCAUCACCUACGCCUGCCAGCAACAUGAGGUCCUGCUGCCCAGUGGGCAGCGUGCUGGUUUCCUGAUUGGGGAUGGAGCUGGCGUGGGCAAGGGCCGCACAGUGGCUGGUAUCAUAGUGGAGAACUACCUGCGGGGCCGGAAGAAGGCUUUGUGGUUCAGUGCCUCCAAUGACCUCAAGUAUGAUGCAGAACGGGAUCUGAGAGACAUUGAGGCCCCAGGCAUCGCGGUGCACGCUUUGAGCAAGAUCAAGUACGGCGACAACACUACCUCAGAGGGUGUCCUCUUUGCCACCUACUCCGCCCUGAUUGGAGAAAGCCAGGCAGGUGGACAGCAUCGCACACGCCUCCGCCAGAUCUUGCAGUGGUGUGGUGAGGCCUUUGAUGGUGUGAUUGUGUUUGAUGAGUGCCAUAAAGCCAAGAAUGCCAGUUCCACCAAGAUGGGCAAGGCUGUGCUGGACCUGCAGAGCAAACUGCCCCAGGCCAGGGUGGUGUACGCCAGCGCCACAGGUGCUUCGGAACCCCGCAACAUGAUCUACAUGAGCCGCUUGGGCAUCUGGGGUGAGGGCACACCCUUCCGAACCUUCGAGGAGUUCCUGCAUGCCAUUGAGAAGAGGGGAGUGGGCGCCAUGGAGAUCGUGGCCAUGGACAUGAAGGUCAGUGGCAUGUACAUCGCACGCCAGCUCAGCUUCUCAGGGGUCACCUUCCGCAUCGAAGAGAUCCCGCUGUCCCCCGCCUUCGAGCAGGUCUAUAAUCGGGCAGCCCGGCUGUGGGCCGAGGCUCUGAGCAUCUUCCAGCAGGCGGCCGACUGGAUCGGCCUGGAGUCCCGCAAGUCCCUGUGGGGUCAGUUCUGGUCAGCGCACCAGCGCUUCUUCAAGUACCUCUGCAUCGCGGCCAAAGUGCAGCGGCUGGUGGAGCUGGCCCAGCAGGAGCUGAGUCAGGACAAGUGUGUGGUCAUCGGGCUGCAGUCCACAGGGGAGGCGCGGACCCGCGAGGUGCUGGACGAGAAUGAGGGUCGCCUGGACUGCUUUGUCUCUGCCGCAGAAGGCGUCUUCCUGUCCCUGAUUCAGAAGCACUUCCCUUCCACCAAGAGGAGGCGGGACCGGGCAGGCGGGAAGAGGAAAAGGCGGCCUCGGGGUCGCGGCACCAAGGCUCCACGACUGGCACUGGAGGCCUCGGGAGUUAUCCGUAUCAGUGACGGGAGCAGUACCGAGUCGGAUGCUGGCCUGGAGAGUGACUUCAAUUCGUCCCCAGAGUCACUGCUAGAUGACGAUGUGGUCAUUGUGGACGCCCCCAUGCUCCCCACAGAUGACCGAGGUCCCCUGUAUCCGCUUCAGAGAGACCUGCAGGGCCCUGGCGUCCUGGAACAUGUGGAGCGGCUGAAACAGGGCCUGCUGGCCAAGGUGCGCGCGCUAGGCCGCGAGCUGCCAGUGAACACGUUGGACCAGCUCAUCCACCAGCUUGGGGGUCCUGAGUGUGUGGCCGAGAUGACAGGCAGGAAAGGCCGCGUGGUAUCCAGGCCCGAUGGGUCAGUGGUCUUUGAGUCCAGAGCAGAACAGGGCCUAUCCAUCGACCACGUGAACCUCAGGGAGAAGCAGCGCUUCAUGAGUGGGGAGAAGCUUGUGGCCAUCAUCUCUGAGGCUUCCAGCUCUGGAGUCUCCCUUCAAGCCGACCGCAGGGUACAGAACCAGCGACGCCGGGUACACAUGACCCUGGAGCUGCCUUGGAGUGCAGACCGCGCCAUUCAGCAGUUUGGCCGCACCCACAGGUCCAACCAGGUCUCAGCCCCCGAGUACGUCUUCCUCAUCUCGGAGCUGGCAGGGGAGCGCAGGUUCGCCUCCAUUGUGGCCAAGCGGCUGGAGAGCCUGGGUGCCCUGACCCACGGAGAUCGCCGGGCCACGGAAUCCCGAGACCUGAGCAAGUAUAACUUCGAGAACAAGUACGGCACCCGUGCUCUCAGCCGCGUCCUCACCACGAUCCUGGGCCAGACGGACAGCAGGGUGCCUCUGCCCCAGGGCUACCCUGGAGGGGAUGCCACCUUCUUCCGGGGUGAGCCUGGGCUCGUGAGUCUUUCUGGGAGGCAUGGGGACUACAGUGGUUCCAUCAGGAUUUGGGGACUGGGUGUAUGGGCAGGCUUGGCCUCUGGGAUCCGAGCACACGGCUGGUCUUCCCUGGCAGACAUGAAGCAGAGCCUGCUGUCCGUGGGCAUCGGCGCUCGGGAGUCACGCACUGGCUGCUUAGAUGUGGAUAAGGACUGCUCCAUCACCAAGUUCCUGAACCGCAUCCUGGGGCUGGAGGUGCACAAGCAGAAUGCUCUAUUCCAGUAUUUCUCUGACACUUUUGACCACCUCAUCGAGAUAGACAAGAAGGAAGGCAGAUACGACAUGGGCAUUCUGGACCUGGCCCCUGGCAUCAGCGAGAUCCAUGAAGAAAACCAGCAGGUGUUCCUGGCACCGGGGCAUCCACAGGACGGCCAGGUGGUCUUCUACAAGGUGAGGAGCAGGGAGGCACCCAGCCCAGCCCUGGCUCCAGUCCCGAACCUGCUAACACCCCACUUGCCACGGCAGAUCAGCGUGGACCGCGGUAUGAAGUGGGAAGAGGCGUUCACCAGGUCUCUGGAGCUCAAAGGUCCCUACGACGGCUUCUACCUCUCCUCCAAGGUUCGAGGCAGCAAGACGAGCUGCCUCCUGGCAGAACAGAACCGCGGGGAGUAUUUCACCGUGUACAAGCCCAACAUCGGCCGCCAGAGCCAGCUGGAGACCCUGGACAGCCUGUGCCGCAAGUUCCACUGGGUCACCGCCGAGGCGGCCCGGGAGCCCUGGGAGAGCAGCUACGCCCUGUCGCUGGAGCACUGCAGCCACACCACCUGGAACCAGCGCUGCCGCCUGGCCCAGGAGGGCAAGGGCUGCGCCCAGGGCCUGCGCCUGCGCCACCACUACGUGCUGUGCGGGGCGCUGCUGCGCGUGUGGGGCCGCAUCGCCGCCGUCAUGGCUGACGUCAGCAGCAGCAGCUACCUGCAGAUCGUGCGCCUCAAGACCAAGGACAAGAAGAAGCAAGUGGGCAUCAAGAUCCCCGAGGGCUGCGUCCACCGCGUGCUGCAGGAGCUGCAGCUGAUGGACGCCGAGGUGAAGCGCCGCAGCGCCCACGGGCUGGCCGCGCGCCCGCCCACCCCACGCGCCAUCGCGCUCCCUUGCGGCCCCGGUGAGGUGCUGGACUUGACCUACAGCCCCCCAGCCGAGGCCUUCCCGCCGCCCCCGCGCUUCGCCUUCCCUUCGCUGCCGCCCCCCGACCCCAGCUCUCUGAUGCUGGGUGCCAGAGACCCUGCGACCAACCCCGCGGAGCUGGCACACCAGGGCUGCGACAUCAACUUCAGGGAAGUGUUGGAGGACAUGCUCCGCUCCCUGCGCGCGGGGCCCGCCGAGGCCCCUCCGCCUCUGGUGGGCGUGGGCGGCGGGGGCACCGAGCGGCAGAGCGUCAUCCACUUCAGCCCGCCCUUCCCCAACUCGUAGGCAGCCACGUGGCCCCUGCAUUACAGCUGUCCUGGGCAGCAAGGCCCACCGGCUCCUCCGCCAGCAGAGAGGUCCCGACUACUGAGGGCACCGGCCCGGCACAGGGCCUUCCCCGCCAGCCGGGUGCGGGGCCUCGGCCUCCCCUGCCUCCCCUGCGCUGCUCCAGCCACGCCCAGCCUGGAAGCCGUGGGGUUGGGUGGUCCCAGAGCUGGUAACUCAGGAAAUCCGGUGCUGAGGCCCCACCGUCUAUGGGGGCUCCACGGGGCAGACCCCGUUAAUAUAUGCAAUCCCCUGCUCCCUAAAUUAUUGUCGCCCGCCCCUUCCUAGCCCCGGAAUCCGUGGGCAGCCGGCGGGCCCUGGUUUCUAUGUAUUUAUAAUGAACUCUGGUGUACAUAUGUAAAGAUCUUUUUUAAAAUAUAUGUGCCUUUUGCCUA